GCAACAGGAAACCCAACACCGUAGCACGGGGAACAAAGUGCUGCGCUCUCCCGUCCCGCAUUGCAGGCUAUAAAACCUCCCCGGGGGGGCCACAACCUACCUGCAGCUCCCUGCCUGCAGGCGAGGGGGGACACCCCUCUGCCUCCGAUCCCCUCUCGGCUCCUCUUCCUGCUGCCCGGGGCCACUGCUGUGCCCCGGCACCAUGGCCACGGGCGAGCUGACCGAGCUGGAGACGGCCAUCGAGAAAAUCGUCACUGUCUUCUUCACCUACGCGGGGAAGGAGGGCAAGAAGGGCACGCUGACGGCCGGCGAGUUCAAGGAGCUGGUCCAGCUCCAGCUGCCCAACCUGAUGAAGGACGUCCCCUCCCUGGAGGAGAAGAUGAGUGAGCUGGAUGUGAACAACGACGAGGAGCUGAAAUUCGGCGAGUACUGGCGGCUGAUCGGGGAGCUGGCGAAGGCCAUGCGGCGGGAGAAAGCGGGGAAGAAGUAGUGACGGGGCUGGUGGGGAGACUUGGCUGACGCAGAGCUAAUAAAAGAGGUUUCCCU